AUGGCGUCUCUCAUGGCGAUGCGCGGCUCGCGAGCGACGCUCUCUUCUUCGUCUUCAGUCAUCAAGGUACGGUUGUUACUUCCACACCUCUCUCACUCUCCCUUCGUUAGAACCCUAGCUGCGGCCAGAACCCUGAGCACUACUUCGGCCGUCCCCAAUCAGUUCCACCGCCCACCACCGUCUCACUCCGAGCCUAGGAGUUUCCAUGGCGAGAGGCAUACUGAUCAGGUGCCCCGCUGGGAUAAUAGAGUUCCUCCGCCGCCGCAGCAGUUCAAUUCGCCGCCGCAACAGCGAGGACACGAUAACCAGUGGCACCAUCCUCAGCAGAACUCUCCGCAGCAGUUCAAUCCGCCGCAGCGACAGCAAGGAAACCAUAACCAGUGGCACCACCCACAGCAGAACCCUCCGCCACAUAUGGGAGGAGAGCAGGGUAAUUAUCAGGGUAAUUUUCCGGACCGAAGGCAGAAUUUGAACCAGGGGUUUCCCAAUAGAGGGUAUCCCAAUCCUGAUCAGGGAUACCCUAAUCGUGGUUUCAAUCAGCAGCAGCAGCAGCAUCCGCCUCCUCAAGGGGGGUCGGGUCAUUGGAAUUCUCCAGGUGGGCAGAGCUAUCCUCAGCAUCAUAAUACACCCCAGGUGAACGGUAAUGUCCAGAACUUCGGGCAACGUGGAGUUCAGAAUCAGUGGAAUGACCAAGUUCAAGUGCAGCACCCUCGACCGGGAAAUUUCGUUGCUGAGCCUGUUAAUUCUGAUCCAGUGCCUUCAUUAGCUGAUCUGUUGCAUUUGUGCGGUGAAGGGAAGGUCAAGGAAGCGAUCGAGUUGAUGGAUAAAGGCCUUAGAGCUGAUUACGCUUGUUUCGAUUCUCUAUUUGGGUUGUGUAGCAAACUCGAGGAUGCCAAGAAAGUGCAUGACUACCUUCUGCAAUCGACUUGCAGGGGUGAUCUCAGGUUGAACAAUAAGGUGAUUGAGAUGUAUGGCAGGUGUGAGAGUAUGACUGAUGCUCGUAGGGUGUUUGAUCAUAUGCCAGAAAGAAACAUGGAUACCUGGCACUUGAUGAUCCAUGGUUAUGCAAACAACAACUUGGGGGAUGAAGGUUUGCAGCUGUUUGAGCAGAUGAGGAAGCUAGAUCUCAAACCCACGGAAGAAACGUUCCUCGCUGUUCUAUCAGCCUGUGGCAGUGCACAUGCCGUGGAUGAGGCAUUCAUCCAUUUCAAGUUGAUGAAGAGCGAUUUUGGGAUCGAUCCACAAAUGGAACACUAUGUUGGAAUGAUUGAUGUACUUGGGAAAUGUGGUUUCCUCAAUGAAAUUGAACAGUACAUUGAGAAACUGCCCUUUGCUCCCUCUGUGGAAAUCUGGGAGAAGUACAUGAACUAUGCUCGAAUCCACGGAGAUGUGGAUCUUGAAGAUCGCCUCGAAGAACUGAUUGUUUCCGUGGAUCCCUCUAAGGCAGUGGCUAAAAAGAUUCCUACGCCACCUCCAGUGAAGCGUACUGCAGUCAGCAUGCUGGAAGGGAAGAGUAGAAUAGCAGAGUACCGUUAUCCUGCUCUCUACAAGGAUGAUCCAAAACUCAAGGAAAUGAUGGAGUUGAAGAACUCGGGUUAUGUCCCAGACACCAGAUAUGUUCUCCACGACAUUGAUCAAGAGGCAAAAGAGCAAGCUUUAUUGUACCAUAGUGAGAGGCUGGCGAUUGCUUAUGGACUGAUCAGCACUCCGGCGAGGACGACACUGAGGAUCAUAAAGAACCUCCGGAUAUGCGGCGACUGUCACAAUGCCAUCAAGAUUAUGUCCAGGAUUGUGGGGAGGGAGUUGAUCGUUAGGGAUAACAAGAGGUUUCAUCACUUCAGGGAUGGCAAGUGCUCUUGUGGAGAUUACUGGUGA